GCGGGUUCGAGGGCGGAGUCUGGUUUGUGCGUACGUAGACAUCUCUCGGAGUACAACGAAGAUCCGGUGAGCUUUCCAUCAAGACUGGAAUAUUUAGGUUUAUUUUUUUUAAAAUUAAAUUUAGCCACAAGUUUAUAUUUAGUCGCUGUAGGUUAAUAUUGAAAACAUGGUCGCGAAGCAGAGGAUACGCAUGGCGAACGAGAAGCACAGCAAAAACAUCACACAGCGAGGGAACGUGGCCAAAUCAUCAAGAGGCACACAAGACGAAAAGGCGGCGGUAGGACCCUGGCUCCUGGCCUUAUUCGUCUUUGUAGUGUGUGGAUCAGCCAUUUUCCAGAUUAUUCAGAGCAUCCGAAUGGGGAUGUAAGAAGACAACCGGACCAUCAUCACCACCAUCAUCAUCAUCAUCAUCAUCAUUGCUCAACAUUCCUCUCUUCUCUUUUCUCACUCUGCUGGCAAGGAUGAGGAUCACCUCUCAGCUCUUCAUGUCUUAUUUAAACUAUCCAUAGCUGUCACUGCAAUACUAUGAGCUCAUGUGCCUUACAUGAAUGGUGGAGAUAUGGAAAAUGUAGGAGGAAAAACCUAAGCCAUAUCUUACCAAACAUUCCAGUCUGAUGAAGACUGCUGCUGGAACACCAUUAUUAUUGCAAACCUUUCUGCCGCUGACGUUUACUACAGUGAUUCUUCAUACAGCUGUUCUUUUUUUCCCUGAAGGACUGUUUCUGUACACCACGAAAUGUUUUAACUCAGAAGGCUGCCAAAAUAUCAGGUCUCAAUUUAGGUCACAGUAACUUAAGUAGAGUUAAGAGAGUUGUCCAGAACUGCAAUACAGUGAUGUAGAUUAUGUGGAGCUAUGCACCUUUCAUGCAUUCCUGCCAGUGUUUUUUGCUGUUUUUUUUUUUUUUUUUUUACCUGUUUUGUUGGCUGAAAUAAAUGAAGGUCUUUAAAGUCAGGUUUAUGUAUUGGACCGCAGCAAUUUGUAAAAUGAUGUUUUUUUUUGUUUUUGUUUUUGCUUUCCACACAAAUGAUCUUUAACAAUAAAACAGUUAAAUGAAA